GCCGAGGGAGCGAGAGAGAAGGAGGGAGGCAGGUGCGUGCUCGCUCUCGAGCACACGAGAUCGUUGUUAAUCAUCGUUAUCGGUGUGCACGAAACCGUCAACCGAUUCACCGCUUAGAAGCCGAUUCUAUUCGCGCAGUGCGGCCUUUCGGUGUCGACCGAACACGUUCUCGCGUUUCCCGGGAGUGUCGUCGUCUCGUGUCUCGUGUCUCGUGUCCCUCGAGCUCUCGAUCUGAAGCACUCGAGAGCGGUGUUCUCUCUCUCCGUCUCUCUCUCUCUCGCCCGUUCUCGCGCCGUCUCGUCGUGUCGGUCUGUCGUCGGCCAGCAAAUACAAUUCCGUGAAUAAUCGCUAGUACUCGGACGAGCAAGUCGGACGACGGAAACGCGAAUCCUCGACGGUUCGCUGUCUAUCGACAAUUCGUUUCUCUGUCUUCUUCGUUCCGUCGUGUUCCUGAAUUCCGUGUUUUCGAGUUCCACGUUCGGCCACGAGACCCCUCGCGGAUCUGCUUCGCCCGUGGCUAAAGAGCUCGCAGAGAGAAAGAGGGAGAGGAAAAAGAGAGAGAGAGAGAGAAAGAGCCAGCGAAUCGCCAAAGGCGGGAUGAACGGCAACGGCCGAGCCAACGGCGAGAACCGAGGACGGAAUGGCCACGUGCUUGUAUGGGAGCAACCCGGCCUGGAGGAAGAGGACAGCUUGUCGAGAAAACGAAAAUGGAUAGGCUCGCGCCAUGUGGUCACGUUCAUGCUGUUCCUGGGGAUGGCGAACGCGUACGUGAUGAGAACCAACAUGUCCGUGGCGAUCGUCGCUAUGGUGAACCAUACCGCGCUACGGGACCGCGACGACCACGGCAUACCGACCUACGAGUGUGGCUACGACCAGAACACGACCGCCGUUCCGACCAACCACAGCGACGGCGAGUUCGUAUGGGACAGCACCAAGCAGGGCUACCUGUUGAGCUCGUUCUUCUACGGCUACGUGAUCACGCAGAUACCGUUCGGGAUACUCGCGAAACGAUACGGGUCCAAGUAUUUCCUCGGUGUCGGGAUGCUGAUCAACUCGGUGUUCGGUUUGCUGGUACCGAUGUCCGCACGCGCCGGUUACUACUGGCUGAUGGUAGUCCGAUUUAUUCAAGGCCUGGGCGAGGGUCCAAUUGUGCCUUGCACGCACGCGAUGCUGGCCAAGUGGAUACCGCCGAAUGAACGCAGCAGGAUGGGUGCCUUCGUCUACGCCGGCGCCCAAUUCGGCACCGUGAUAUCAAUGCCGCUCAGCGGAAUCCUUUCCGAAUACGGUUUCGACGGUGGCUGGCCAUCGAUCUUCUACGUGUUCGGCACGAUCGGCACCAUCUGGUGCGUCGCGUUCCUCGUGAUGGUGUACGAGGACCCCGAGAGCCAUCCACGUAUCCCCGAGGACGAGAAGAAGUACAUACUGAGCGCGCUGUGGGGCAGCGCCGGAGCCACCUCCCCUCCGGUGCCGUGGCGAUCCAUCGUCACCUCGUUGCCGUUCUGGGCCAUCCUGAUCGCCCAUAUGGGACAGAACUACGGAUACGAGACGCUGAUGACCGAGCUGCCGACCUUCAUGAAGCAGAUUCUUCACUUCGACAUUAAAUCGAACGGAAGUAUCUCCUCGCUCCCGUAUCUAGCCAUGUGGAUCUUCUCGAUGGUGAUAUCCCACGUGGCCGACUGGAUGAUCUCCACCGGAAAGUUCAACCACACGUACACGCGCAAGAUCAUCAACAGUAUAGGCCAAUUCGGGCCCGCGAUCGCGUUGAUCGGCGCCUCGUACACCAGUUGUAAUUCCUGGUUGACGGUAGCCAUCCUGACAGUCGGCGUGGGCCUGAACGGCGGCAUCUACUCCGGGUUUAAAGUGAACCACUUAGACAUAUCGCCGAGGUUUGCCGGGGUGCUGAUGUCCUUCACCAAUUGCCUGGCGAAUCUUGCCGGUCUUCUCGCCCCGAUCACCGCCGGAUACAUAAUCGUCGGGACGCCGACGCAGGCGAAAUGGAGGCUGGUGUUCAUGAUCUCGGCGUGCAUCUACAUCGUGUGCUCGGUGUUCUACAUAAUCUUCGGCUCCGGGCAGAGGCAGUCCUGGGACAAUCCGGACAAGGACGAGGAGAAGCACGAGAAACAGGGCUUGGAGCCCGUCAAGACGAUAUCGGAGACGCAGCAUUGACGACGCGUCUGGUCGCGCCACGGACGCUCGCUCACUCCUUCUCUCGUUCUCUCUUUGUUUCGCGGCACCUCGGCCGCACUGUCGCCGAUCCGAUCGCGCGGCAGACUAUUUUUGUUGCUUCGGCGAGCGCGUUCGUUCCUAGAGCACUCGGUGGAUCAUCACGCGAAACAAUCGAAUCGGUUGCCAGAACGUAUCGCGCUAUGCGGAGCUGGAAAUUUGGGAUGCGGAAGGAAGGCGGGUCCGAUUGUUUGUUAGCCAGGCGCUUUCGCGUUCUUGCUAGUCAUCCGAUCGAGUCGUUUUUAAGCUCUGCGGACACGUUGUUUGCGAACAAUCUACCAAACCGAUACGCGCAACUCGUACGCGUGACCAAAUGAUCUUGUAACGUUGACGUUUGUCAGCGUGUGUGUAUAGAACUCGAGAGACGAGAUCGGACGGAGCGAGCGGGGAGUUAGCUACCCUUCGUCGCUAAUUCGCUGUUGGCUGUCUUCUGAGACCAUCUGUCCAAACCCGCGGAGCACGGCCAGCUACGUAACAGCUUGCGAUCCGUGCACGGUUCAUCGCUUCCUACAUAUUUAUUGCCGAGCGCGCGAUCUCUUUCGCAUAUAUUUGCGUAGCGACUAACCGGGGUAGCUCCGUGAUCGUUGCGUCGACUCCUUUGAUCGUCGUUCGUUCGUUCGUACGAUAUCGGCUAUCGAAAAGCGCGAGCCAACACGGCACACGGUUUUAAGAAAUUCGUCAGCGUAACGCUCGAGGAGCUGAUCCCGCGAGUCAAGUCGAGUCGAACGUCUUGUUGCUACGCGAUGUUCGGAUGGAAACAGGAUUAAACGAUAUAGUGUGUUUGUGCGUACGAAUACGUGAUACGAACGAGAUAAGGGUGGAGAGAAAGGAAGAGAAUGUGAGAGAGAAAGAGUGCUUGUGUGUGUAAGAGAGAGAGAGAGUGAGAGAGAGAGGGAACCAAGAAAGUCGAGCAUGUGAGACGAGCGAAUGCAGAUUUUACAUUUUUAUAUAGCGUCCCUUUUUUUUCGUUUAACGAACACAUUACGUGCCUUACGACCGACGAAACCAAAAUAAAAUAUUGUAAACAAGCCGAGGUCUCCUCGAAUUGAACAAAUUCGUAAACGUCUGUCAGACGACCGGUAGCCCGGAGAUCGGUCGAUCGUUCGAAAAGCAGCAGUAUUAGAGCAAAGAAAUAGCCUCGCGUUCGACGCUUUCUUGGUUGCGCGUUGCGCUUUUUAUCGCAACACAACUGCCAUUUUGUAUUGUACGUAAACAAGCCGCCCCGGUAAAUCGAUGCGCGAGAAUCAUUCUAGAUCCACGAUCUCUCACAGCAAUCCCUCGCCCGCGAGAUAUAAUCUUCGCAUCCGCAAUAUCCGCUUCGAAAGUGUUCCAGGAGCGAACACGUUGCAAUACAAAAAUGGUUUUAUACAUACUUGUAGAUAUUUCCACGCGUAUCUUUCUAAGUUAUUAGUCGUUAGAAGAAUUAUUGAUCCUACUUAUUUAUACGACGUGUACAAAGCAAACGGAAACAUCCAUGUAGGAAAGAAAAGAAAAUGGGCGUUCCGCGCGCGCGCGCGAUCCGAUGUGCAAUCGUAUCGGGCGCUCACGAAAAAACAUUCGAAAGAAAUGAUUUACACCUGCAUAGUUGAAUGCAUUUUUCUCUUUUUUUUUUAA